AUGAAUCCCAUCUCAAGCCUCGUCUUUGUGCUUCUUUUGACUGUCUUUCCAACCCAAAUUCUCUGCCAGACCGCCUUGAUUGAAGAAGCUUGUGGUUACACCAUUUACAAGGUUCUGUGCCUAGAAACUCUUGUACCGGACUCUGAGGCCCAUUCAGCUAAAGAUCUCAAGACUUUAGCCAAAGUUUCAUUAAAACAUACAGAGUAUGAAGCUAACUUUGUAGAUUCCAAUAUCGAAGGACUUGAAGAGUCAUCAGGGCCAGGGCCCGUGAGGCAUGCCCUAGUCUUUUGCACUAAAAAAUAUGUCACUGUAAUUGCGAAAAUUCAGGCCGCGGAAACUUCCUUCGCACAGGGCAACAUUACUGCUACAAAAGCCCAGCUGACAGACGCCACGAUCAAUAGACAAUUGUGUGACAAAGGUUUCGAGGGUAAACGCUACAAGUCUCCAAUAUCUGACUGGACUACCAAACUUAGCCAGAUGCAAAACAAUGCGGAAUCCAUUAUCGCUCACAUCUAA